UGAAAAUAUGGAAUCUAAAAGAGUCAACAAGGUCUACAAAAGAGCUGCCAAAAAUACAGUCAUAAUCGAUAGAAGAGUCGGCAAGAAAGGUACUGAGUGUCCAGUUGACCAAGAUGUCCUCGACUUCAACGAUUUCCAACAAGAGAUGAACACUGGAAAGAAAAACGGCAUCAGAGCUAACCUGGGUGAAAAACCUGAAGCUCUUAAUGGAGAUAACACCAGCUCAAAAUGGACAAAAUAUGGUUUAAUGUUAUUCAUUUUCUCAGUAAUUAUGUACUAUCUCCUCAUCGAUAAAAUUGUCAGUCUGCUGCAACAUUUCUAAGAACAUAAGCACACACAAUUUUAAUCAAGGAUUCAAUAAUUCUUA